GCUGUCUUGUUUCAUUCGGAGUUCUGGCCACUUCCGUGCCCUCGCAUUUCAAGCCACAGCUGUCCUGGUUGAAUUUAUCCUGCUUCCCUUAUGAGGCUGUACCUCAGCUGGAGCAGACAGGGCUGCAGUGAAACAUAGAUGUAGGCCUGCAGCGCCGGGCACUUGGGCAGAGGACAAUCUUGUAGAAGGCCUGGCCUCUCUCACCGUGAUUUAGCGCGCUGGAGAUCCAGGCAAAGGGCGGCGAGCACAAGCAGAGAGCAAGCGUGGCAGUGUCCGGGGCCUGUGCUGUGGGGAGAACCCGCCCACGGAGGAAGUCUGAUUUGUUCAGGGGUACUCAGUGGGAGGAGCCAUGAAUGAAGGGGAGGGGCAUUUCUACAGCGUGCAGGUGGGUGACUCCACCUUCACAGUCCUGCAGCGGUACCAGCAGCUCCGUGCCAUCGGUUCCGGGGCCCAGGGCAUCGUCUGCUCUGCUCUGGACACCGUCCUGGGAAUCCCAGUAGCGGUAAAAAAGCUCAGCAGGCCAUUUCAGAACCAGACUCACGCCAAGCGAGCCUACAGAGAGCUUGUGCUGCUAAAAUGCGUCAAUCACAAGAAUAUCAUUCACUUACUGAAUGUCUUCACACCUCAGAAGUCCCUGGAGGAGUUCCAGGAUUUGUACCUGGUGAUGGAGCUGAUGGAUGCUAGCCUGUGCCAGGUGAUCCACAUGGACCUGGACCAUGAGAGGAUGUCCUACCUGCUCUACCAGAUCCUGUGUGGCAUCAGACACUUGCACUCUGCUGGCAUCAUCCACAGGGACCUGAAGCCGAGUAACAUAGUGGUGAAGUCCGACUGCACUUUAAAGAUCCUGGACUUUGGCCUGGCCAGGACCGCCUGCACCAACUUCAUGAUGACUCCAUACGUGGUGACCAGAUACUACAGAGCGCCUGAGGUCAUCUUGGGCAUGAAGUACAAGGAGAACGUGGAUAUCUGGUCGGUGGGCUGCAUCAUGGGGGAGAUGGUGAAAGGCAGUGUUAUAUUCCAAGGCACAGAUCACAUUGACCAGUGGAAUAAGGUGAUCGAGGUGCUGGGCACGCCCUCGCUGGAGUUCAUGAACCGCCUCAUGGACACGGUGAGGAACUACGUGAUGAACAAGCCCCAAUUCCCAGGAGUCAGCUUCAGUGAGCUCUUCCCUGACUGGGCUUUCCCUUCCGAGACAGAGCAUGACAAGCUCAAGACAAGCCAAGCUCGAGACCUGCUGUCAAAGAUGCUGGUGAUUGAUCCGGAGUGUCGCAUCUCGGUGCAGGAGGCCCUCAGCCACCCCUACAUCCACGUGUGGUACGACCCAGCUGAGGCCGAUGCGCCUCCACCUCAGAUUUCCGACAAGCAGUUAGAGGAGAGAGAACACACCAUAGAGCAGUGGAAAGAGCUAAUCUAUAAAGAGGUGAUGGACUGGGAGGAGAGGAACAAGAACGGCGUUCUAAAGGAGGAGUGUUUAGACGGCGUGGCGACCAGUAGCGCGACAGCCUCUCAGUCAUCCUCCAUUAACGACAUCUCCUCCAUGUCCACCGAGCAGACCCUGGCCUCCGACACGGACAGCUCCUGCAUCGACGCGGUGGCUGGGGGGCUGGAGGAGUGAUGGUGAGCCCCCCCCCCGGCCACCCGCCCCUGCCCCACAGCACUGUCUCUCCACCUCUCCUUCUCUCGCCCCCGUGCCCUCCCCCGUGUUUCCGGAUGCCGGCGCGGCGUCAGACAGGCUGGGAAGCCGUACGCCUCCUCCUCGUGCCCGGGUUCCCUCACCUUCCUUCUGCUUCAGAAAGCCCGCUCGCUGUUUGUCUGUCUGCUUCCUUUGCUCGGCGGUCCCACCUCGGUUUUCCCCCCCCUUCGGACAGUCUUAAGUAGCAAAGGGCUUCUGUUGAGGGUAUAGGAUAGAUGACGGUGACGCGCACUCCAGGGUCGUGGUGUUGACAGGCGUUUGUUCCAGUCAUCUGUAGGCAUGUCUAGGACCCCUUUUGGGGAGGAGAGCCUGCUGGUGAAACUAAGCGUUGAUGUGCAGAGCUGGCGCGAGCACAUGUAGACGUCGUAGCAGGUUUUUCGUGGUGACUAAAUGUGUUAAAUGUAGCCCCAUUUUAGAUUUGACCCUCAUUGACCUUUGCUUUGUUUUAAAGUGCUUCCUCCGUCACUGAAUCAAUAGGAGGACAUCAUAGUUUUAUUAGUAGCAUUAAAAAGUAUUUUAGCUAGAAUUCUCUCUCUCGGUCAGUCGGUGCCAUGUCGCUAAUAUUACCUUUCAUGUUCUCACCCAAAAAUGAAGCACAGUCCCAUACUUCUAUAACGGAAUAAUUGACAGCUUCAAGUUGCCCCUUCUGAUGAUGUGAAAGCUCCCAGAGCUGAUUUAUGUAUUGCUGCAUGUAAACUCCUCUUCAACACUUAAGACACUAUAUGACUUAAGUCUCCAGACCCCUGCAUAUGCCUGAGUACACAGAUACAUAAACGGUAGUGCCUGCCUUUGUAUAUAGACACAGUACACCUUGUUUUCAAACAGAGAGCUUGAUAAUGCAUCUCACUCAUAUAGGGUGUAACCAUGUAUAUACAUAUAUAGAUUUUAUGUAAAUGUUUUGUCUUUGUGGAUAGAAACCUGAUUUUACAGCUUCUCUAAAUAUGAUUUAGCAAAAGUACUGUAUAGCAUAAACUCUUUAUUUUUGAAACAAUGGAAAUUGGAUUUAUUGCAUACGUUUUAAAAAAAAAAAAAAAAGUUUGUGCACCGAAGACUUAAGUGAUAUGCUGUGUAAGAUGUAAAGUGCACAUUAAUGGUGAACUGUGGAAGCAGUGUGUAGAUCUUCUGUUCCAUGUCAUUCCAAAAAGGACUUCAGCAAAACUGCAGCAUCUGUUAAACUUUCCUGAAGAUUGUACUUAACGCAUGAGCUGAAAACUGACCGUCGCCUUUUUCCGUGUCCUAAAACUUGAAACGCCUGUGAGAAUGUUGUACGAAUCAAAUUUGUCUUUUCAGCAGGAGACUAGCCUGUUAAUGCCCUUUCAGUAAAUAUAUAUAUAUUCCUCUCAUUUUUAUUUAUUUUUAUAAUGCUCAAAACUCGUCCGGUGUGUACGCGGCAUUCAUUGCUUCUUCAGUAGUUUUGAUGUGGUGGCCGUGGAUUUUAAGUCUGAUAACAUGUUUGCACAGUUGCGUGUGGUACACAUCUAGCAAGUUUCUCCCGUCAUCCCCCGCUCACUGCAUUGCCGCCCGGGGAACGGACCAACACCGGAGUCUCGAGAAAACCGCAAGCGUCACGAGCGUGUUGUAUCUGCGCGCCAGCGAACGGCCCGGAACACGAUUGCAUGAGAGCGUGCAGGACGCGUUUAACACGAGGGCGAACCCGAAGAGCCGCUUUACCUCCCGAUUAGAUAAACGUCCAAACGAUGGUCUGAAUCCGGGCUCUGGCAGGCUGCCGGGGGGAGGGGGGGGGGGCUUUAACUGACUGACAGGCGCCGGGAUUGCAAGCGCUGCACCGCGACUGCUCUUCGAGUCGUAAGCCCCGCGACGCGGCCGUUAAGAGUCACCUUCGCGCGGGCGGGCGCGCGCACGCUUGGAGAGACGCAUUGAAGCCAUGUUUGCCAGGCUGUUUGCUUCUGCAACGCAGCCUCCUCGUUCUUAUACAUUUCUCAAAAUAAUUGCUGUAAAAAAGAGGCACCCGUGCCUCCUAGCAUCGAUAUCUACGUACGUGUGCGUGACCUCACCAGGUGCUUAUUAUCAGAAUAGUAGCACGUUAUUACUGAAUGGAAGUAAUGCAGUAGUGCAUUGUAUGUAUGUAUACGUGUGUUUUGUUUAAAUUUCAUGUUAGCUUGCCUGUUAUAAAUGACAUUUGAAUUCUGCGAACAUCCAUUUUAGUACUGAACAAAAGUGGAAUUACAUUUGUGGUAUUACAUCCCUGUAAGGGUGCAGAACAAGCUGGCUGCAAGCUUUUUUUUCAAGGGCUUUCUCUCUCGCCGUUACUGUUGCCCUUGAGGAAGGGGUUACAAGUCCACCUGACCAUGUCACUGACAAUCUGUAUUGCUAGUGAUGGAACCUGUAAUAAUUUUUGUAGAUUUGUUUUCCCAUUUGUUGACCACACCUCCCCUUUUUUUCACAAUUCUAUACAUGUAAUAUCAGAUCAAGUUUUACUAGCGACAGUCACAUACUUUUCCCUUCUUUUUUAAACCUUAAUCAUGGAUCACAUCACUGAAAAACCUGUCUAAGUUAAACCCUCUGGACAAAGUAGAUAUUUGAACUGCUAUGUGUAAGUAAUGUCUGUAUUGCUUUUGUGUGGUUUGUAUUGUCAUGUAUGGAUGCGCUUCUGGUAGGCUAUUGAGAGCGAAGACUCUUGGUCAGCUCUUGCCUGAAACAUAUGCAAAGUCUCAAACAGGAUUCUAUAUCUACUGCAGUGGAGAGUCAGAUUCGUUUUUCUGUAUGGGAGGAAAAAAACAAACUGUUCCUGUAACAACUGGCCAAAUAAAACCUUAAAAUGAA